AAUUACGUCCGACGUGAAGUUGGCGGCGACGCAACGGCCAGGCACGCGGCGCAUCGCGGCCAACUUCGCCCCGAACGAGGCUCGACGGACCAGUCGUCAACAUGAUGUGGCACAUCGCGUAGCGGCGACCAAUAAUUUUAAGUUUUUUUCGUAUUAAUGCCGAUCCUCGUCGGCACAAACCAAAUAUUAUGUAAUGUACACGUCGAAAAGUACACGAACCGUUCGCCGUUUUCGUCUCGGACCGCAAACCAAGUACAAAACAACCAUCGCUAACAAAAUCCAAACCCGUUCUCGGUUAUUAAUUCGAAACGACCAAAUAAAUAACGUAUCUCGCUUUUAUCGGAAAAUUCACUCAAAGGCUGUGUUACACAUCGUAUAGUUUUAACGAAAUGGAACCUGUAGCAUCAGAAUUCGAAGAGCUGAUGGUAUGCGGUUGCUGCAAGCAGAAGUUCAACGAUACAGAUCUGAGCCCGAAAUUGCUCUCCUGCAAACACUACUUUUGUCUGCAGUGUACGCGCACCAGCCUCGUCAAGGGCCAGGAACUGUACUGUGUGUACUGCUGGAAGCGGACGGAGCUGGGCGAUAUGGGACCGGAAUCGCUGCCUACCUACACGCCGGUUUUAUGUUUAGCCAAGAACUUUUCGCAACUAAGUCUCGGAAUGAAACCGCCGGAAAAGGCUCCGGUACAGCCAAAAGUGUGCUCGGAGAACUGUCACACCCACGCCAUGCCGCUGGUGCUGUGGUGCCACACCUGUUGCGCGCCUGUGUGCCGCGCUUGCGCCUCUACUGCCGAACACGUCAACCACAAGGUAAAGUCGCAAGCCGAGGCCAAGGAGCAACUGGUGGCGGAGAUGCAGAUCGACCUGGCCUCGAUGAACAAGAUGCUGUCCGAGAUUCAAAGACUGGCCAUGCAGCAGCGCGAGUUCCUGCUGAAGAUCCUGGAGGCGUGCGUCACGUUGAAAACGCACGUGGAGGCCGACCUUACGAACAACGCGUCCCACUUCGAAAUCGGCGAGACGCGCGACCUUCUCGCCAAGCUACGACUGAACCUGUCCAUGGCGGAGAGCCUGAGCGACGUGCACGGCAUUUACUCGAGCGUGAACGUGGAGAAGCAACGCCUGCAGAUGCGCUAUCACGAGAUGUAUUUGCAGUGUCAGCUGGAUGACUUGAUUCGAAACUCGUCGAUGGUGUUUGACUUUCAGCUGUUGAAGCAGGCGCUGAGCAGUAUCCAUAAUGGCGAGGGUGCCUUUUCCGGAAAUUCGCGCGUUCUACCUCCCUCUCAACAAAACCCAAUAUUAUUUCUCGCCAAUUACUGCAUGUCGCAGCUGUACUCGCGACACGUGCUGGCCAAACAGCCGACGAACGGCAUGUUGGACUAUCACAAUCAUAACCACGCUCUGAACCACAACCAAAACGUCGUACCUCCAAUCAACUACCUCGGUCAUGCCCACAAUGCCCAGCCAAUGAUAGCUACACCUAAGAAUAUUUACCAGGAUAACAAUUUGAUGAUGCAGCCCAUGGUACCGUCGCCGCAGAUUCGGAAUCCGUCGAGCAUGUGUCCGCUUUAUUACUUCAACGUCGAGGUGAACGGGACUCAGAUGGGGCGAAUUGUGAUAGAAGUUCGAGCGGACGUAGCGCCGAAGAUGGCCAAGAACUUCGGAGUUUUGACCACUGGGGAGGCGGGUAUGGGGUACAAAGGCUGUCAGAUAUUCCAGUGUUGGGAGGGAGAGAGUGUGAUAACGGGUGAUUUUGAACUGAACAACGGACGAGGCGGUAGGUCCAUCUUCGAGGAGUCUUACUUCCUGCCCGACGACACCAAACUUGUGGCUUCACGCGGAACGGUCGGUAUGCGCCGAACCCAAAAACGACACGACAACCUGGGCAUGGUGGGCUCGCAGUUCCGCAUCAUACUACAGGAAAUGAGGGGAUUCACCGGCAUUUUCGGCUACGUCGUAGAAGGCCUGGAACUGGUGGAGAAGAUCAGCACGUACGGAGACACCGCGGGCAAGCCCACCAAAAACAUACUGAUAGCUAAAUGCGGCAAGCUGCAGUAGUAGCUAGGUUUAGUAUAGGCUCGUAGCGCUAGAUUUCGUAGGUGUGACAAUAACGACAGUACAUAAUCAAAGCAUCGUUCUGGUUUCUUUUUUAUACGGUUAACGAAAAAAUUGAAGAGCGCAUGAUAAGACACGCGGGCAAAACGUAUUUUCGCUAAAAUGUUUUGUAGUGUCCGAAGACGAACAAGUCGAAUUUUUCCAAUUACCGAUGUUUUUUAGAACCAUAUACGGUCUCGAACUAAAACCAUAACUUUGGAUGCAUGCAAGUGCAAAAUAAUGCAACAUAUAGGGUGACUCUUAAAUUAGUGCAAAUAUGGUGCAUUGGCACUUUUUUUUAUUUUUUAAUUAAAAAACAUAAUAUCUUCAUAAUAUGGUAAAGUAGGUAGUAGAUUAAAUUUGCAAGAAAGAAAACAUCCAGAAUGGUUCUCAAAAUUUAAGCGAAAAAUGUUUUUUUUUUAAUUUUUAAAGUAAAAUAUCUCGGUUAUUUUGGACUUUGAAAAACGGUAAGAAGAAAAUAUCUAUGUCUCUUUUAUCGAGGUCUACCAGUCCUGAAAAUAUUGGCACUUAUUUAAGGCUCACCCUGUAUAAAAUAAAAUAAAUCGAGAGAUGAGUUAGAAGCAAGAAGAAUAAAUAAACAAUGAAAACAAGUUAGCUGUUGUCUUAAUCCGAGUAUAGUAUUCUUUAUAUAGUUUUUUUUGUAUAGGUGUCACUGCGCAGUAGGUCAGUAAGGUUCUGUAAUAAUUCUGCGCAGCUCAGAUUAACACAGCAUCUGUUGCAUCGAUUUUAACACUUGUGUAUGCCAAACCUUUUUCUCGCACAGUCUUUACAUUAAACAUCGGUAAUAAAUCACUAUAAUAAACCGUCGAUGUAGUUUUAAGAAAACAAAAAAAAAUCUAUUCGGUGUAAUCAUAAAACUCUAGCUUAUAAAAUAUUUGAAGAAAAAAAAAAUAGAUGUUUAUAUAUGUGUAGCUUCAAAGAAACAUCCGAGCGCGAUGAUCUAAUAUGUCUAAGCUUACAAAACGAAUUUCGAAAUAUACCUAUAUUUUCGUAUUAUAUGAUAAAUAUCGAAAGAGCAUAUUAUUAAUUAUGGAGCGAUAUUUUCUAUUGUUGUCGAUAUUUUUUAGCUUCUCAACGUUAGAUUUAUAAAUAUAGUCUUUGUUACGUUAGGAUUACGGGGAUCGAAUGUUAAAGAUAUCAGAGUUUAAACGAGGAGCGCGGUAACGAAUAAGAAAAAAUUAUCCCGGACGAAUUUAUUUAUUAUUGAAAGCGAAGCGAUGAUAGAGAGAGAGAGAGAGAGAGAGAAGAAUUCCACUUAACGAACGUUUAGAAACGUAGAUUUUCAUUUUAUAAAAAUGCUUCCUAAUUUUAUAUUUAUUACUAUAUAUUAUAGUGAGUUUAAUUUACUGUACCUUAUAGCAUUAGUUCCAGUGCAAUAGUUACUUUGCACUAUAAAUGGUAUAGUUUUAUAGGUUAUGUCGUACUCUUAAGUUCAACUUGUACGUUAAUACAUUACUUAAGCCCCUUUUACAUUUGUCACUUUUUUUCAAGGCCGCCAAUGUCAAACUUUUGAGGUUAUGUUAGCUGAGUUUAUUUCCUCCUACAUUACAUUUGAAAGUGCAAUUAGAAAAAUAUAGAGUUUUCGUUUUAGACAUAUUUUUGAGAUAAGUUCAUCGAGGUAUUGAACAUAAUUGACUAGUGUAAAAUGGGCUUUAGACCUAAAUUUGUAUACGUCUGUUCUAAAACAUUAUAUUCCAACCGCUGGAUCAUAAAACCGCUAAUGUAUUAACUUGCAAAUAAGAUUACAUUAACCAAAGUCUUAUGUAAAAAACAUGUAGUACAACAAAUUGUAAAAACGAUGGGAAAGUAUGUAGAAAACAGAGGCCUAAUAUUAAGGAAAAAGCGUUAAAUAAUAUAUUUAAUAUAUUUAUUUAAACCGAGAGCGCAAUGUUGUAACAGAACAGCACUAUGUGGCUUUAUAAAAAUAAAUCUGGUAAUAUCAUCAAAGCUGUUUUUAGCCUUCUUCACUAACUGUCGACCUCAACUAACAAUUCCGAAACAACGAGUUUAUUCGUGUUAUCAUUAUCCCGACGUGCAUAUCAUCUUCUUCAAAAUUCUCCCAAACCUUCAGAAAAUAUUCUUUUGUGCCUUACGAUUUAAUUUCUAGGACGCGAAAUUUGCUAGACUUAUCAUCCGGUUGUAAAAAAAUUGUAUCUGACCAACGUGAACAAACACAAAACCAAAAAUCAUGAACGAAAAUAGUACAAAAGGCAUAGGACUGAGAGAAUACAAAAAUAAAUAAAUAGAAGACUAUAGUUUUGGUAUACUAAAUUCAGGAUAAAAUUAUUUGUUUCAGCCAAAGUUCGCUGCUAGUAUCUAAGCAAAUGUAACAUUUAAAUGUAGAUAGUUGAUGUUGAUGUGUCCAAUUUUUUGUUUUGUGUCAAAAUAAAAUAAAUAUAAUUGAGGUACA